ACCCUGCACUGGAUGGAUCAGCUGACACCACUCAGACCGUGUGUGAUCUGGCUCAACCAGUUCUGCGAUCCCACCCAGGAACAGAAGACUGCAAGAAAACGUUACUUCAACCCCCCUGUGAUCCCAUCUGCAACCUGACCAAUCAGCACUCCCCAAGUCCCAAGCCCCUACCUGCCAAAUUAUCUUUAAAAACUCCCAGAGGCAGGGUGCAGUGGUUCAACGCCUGUAAUCCCAGCACUUUAGGUGGAUCAUGAGAUCAAGAGAUCAAGACCAGCCUGGCCAACAUGGUGAAACCCCGUCUCUACUAAAAAUACAAAAAUUAGCUGGGUGUGGUGGCGCGUGCCUGUAAUCCCAGCUACUCAGGAGGCUGAGGCAGGAGAAUCGCUUGAACCCGUGAGGCAGAGGUUGCAGUGAGCCAAGAUCAUGCCACUGCACUCCAGCCUGGGCGACAGAGGGAGACUCCUUCUGAACAAACAAACAAACAAACAACUCCCGGAAUGCUUGGGGAGACUGAUUUGAGUACUGGAAUCCCAGUACUUUAGGAGGCCAAGGUAGGUGGAUCACUUGAGGUCAGGAGUUCCAGACCAGCCUGGCCAACAUGGUGAAACCCCGUCUCUACUAAAAUUAGAAAAAUUAGCCGGGUGUGGUGGUGGGCGCCUGUAAUCCCAGCACUUUGGGAAGCCAAGGCAGGUGAAUUAUCUGAGGUCGGGAGUUUAAGGCCAGCCUUAAACUGGCGAAACCCCGCCUCUACUAAAAAUACAAAAAUUAUCUGGGCAUGGUGGCACGUGCCUGUAAUCCCAGCUACUUGGGAGGCUGAGGCAGGAGAAUCGCUUGAACCCGGGAGGCGGAGGUUGCAGUGAGCCGAGAUCACGCUAUUGCACUCCAGCCUGGGCAACAGAGCGAGACUCCAUCUCAAACAAACAAAGGAACGAAAACCUCCGGUCUCCGGCACGGCAAGCUCUGCGUGAAUUACUUUCUCCAUUGCAACUCCCCUGUCUUGAUAAAUGGGCUCUGUCUAAGCAGCGGGCAAGGUGAACUCGUUGGGCUGUUACAGGACCAGUGACAGACCAAGGGCAUGCCACUGAAGGAAUCCCUAGACGCACCCUUCUGGAUGUGAGGCAGGCGGAUCUCACCCACGCCUGCCAGCAGCUCCUCGGAGAACUGUGUUCCUGGGUCAGCCCUGGCCCAGAGGAGCGCCGGGGACCCGCAGAGUGCUGCUGAAGUCAAGGCUACAACUCACCUAGGAUCUGGGGCGCCAGCCCUCCGGUGGGCAGGGCGUUCUCCUCCCCCACCCCCUCCCCGCACGAUGACAUCAAGUGUUUGGGGUUGAGUUGCUCCAUAAAAGCUGCCCCGGGAAGCCAGGAGAGCGAAGGGCGGACGUACUCGCCACGGCACCCAGGCUGCGCGCACGCGGUCCCGGUGUGCAGCUGGAGAGCGAGCGGCCACCGGGAGCCCCCGGGACAGCCCGCGCCCGCCCCGCAGGAGCCCGCGAAGAUGCCCCGGCGCAGCCUGCACGCGGCGGCCGUGCUCCUGCUGGUGAUCUUAAAGGAACAGCCUUCCAGCCCGGCCCCAGUGAACGGUUCCAAGUGGACUUAUUUUGGUCCUGAUGGGGAGAAUAGCUGGUCCAAGAAGUACCCGUCGUGUGGGGGCCUGCUGCAGUCCCCCAUAGACCUGCACAGCGACAUCCUCCAGUAUGACGCCAGCCUCACGCCCCUCGAGUUCCAAGGCUACAAUCUGUCUGCCAACAAGCAGUUUCUCCUGACCAACAAUGGCCAUUCAGUGAAGCUGAACCUGCCCUCGGACAUGCACAUCCAGGGCCUCCAGUCUCGCUACAGUGCCACGCAGCUGCACCUGCACUGGGGGAACCCGAAUGACCCGCACGGCUCCGAGCACACCGUCAGUGGACAGCACUUCGCCGCCGAGCUGCACAUUGUCCAUUAUAACUCAGACCUUUAUCCUGACGCCAGCACUGCCAGCAACAAGUCAGAAGGCCUCGCUGUCCUGGCUGUUCUCAUUGAGAUGGGCUCCUUCAAUCCGUCCUAUGACAAGAUCUUCAGUCACCUUCAACAUGUAAAGUACAAAGGCCAGGAAGCAUUCAUCCCGGGAUUCAACAUUGAAGAGCUGCUUCCGGAGAGGACCGCUGAAUAUUACCGCUACCGGGGCUCCCUGACCACACCCCCUUGUAACCCCACUGUGCUCUGGACAGUUUUCCGAAACCCCGUGCAAAUUUCCCAGGAGCAGCUGCUGGCUUUGGAGACAGCCCUGUACUGCACACACAUGGACGACCCUUCCCCCAGAGAAAUGAUCAACAACUUCCGGCAGGUCCAGAAGUUCGAUGAGAGGCUGGUAUACACCUCCUUCUCCCAAGUGCAAGUCUGUACUGCGGCAGGACUGAGUCUGGGCAUCAUCCUCUCACUGGCCCUGGCUGGCAUUCUUGGCAUCUGUAUUGUGGUGGUGGUGUCCAUUUGGCUUUUCAGAAGGAAGAGUAUCAAAAAAGGUGAUAACAAGGGAGUCAUUUACAAGCCAGCCACCAAGAUGGAGACUGAGGCCCACGCUUGAGGUCCCCGGAGCUCCCGGGCACAUCCAGGAAGGACCUUGCUUUGGACCCUACACAUUCGGCUCUCUGGACACUUGCGACACCUCAAGGUGUUCUCUGUAGCUCAAUCUGCAAACAUGCCAGGCCUCAGGGAUCCUCUGCUGGGUGCCUCCUUGCCUUGGGACCAUGGCCACCCCAGAGCCAUCCGAUCAAUGGAUGGGAUGCACUCUCAGACCAAGCAGCAGGAAUUCAAAGCUGCUUGCUGUAACUGUGUGAGAUUGUGAAGUGGUCUGAAUUCUGGAAUCACAAACCAAGCCAUGCUGGUGGGCCAUUAAUGGUUGGAAAACACUUUCAUCCGGGGCUUUGCCAGAGCGUGCUUUCAAGUGUCCUGGAAAUUCUGCUGCUUCUCCAAGCUUUCAGACAAGAAUGUGCACUCUCUGCUUAGGUUUUGCUUGGGAAACUCAACUUCUUUCCUCUGGAGACGGGGCAUCUCCCUCUGAUUUCCUUCUGCUAUGACAAAACCUUUAAUCUGCACCUUACAACUCGGGGACAAAUGGGGACAGGAAGGAUCAAGUUGUAGAGAGAAAAAGAAAACAAGAGAUAUACAUUGUGAUAUAUUAGGGACACUUUCACAGUCCUGUCCUCUGGAUCACAGACACUGCACAGACCUUAGGGAAUGGCAGGUUCAAGUUCCACUUCUUGGUGGGGAUGAGAAGGGAGAGAGAGCUAGAGGGACAAAGAGAAUGAGAAGACAUGGAUGAUCUGGGAGAGUCUCACUUUGGAAUCAGAGUUGGAAUCACAUUCUGUUUAUCAAGCCAUAAUGUAAGGACAGAACAAUACAAUAUUAAGUCCAAAUCCAACCUCCUGUCAGUGGAGCAGUUAUGUUUUAUACUCUACAGAUUUUACAAAUAAUGAGGCUGUUCCUUGAAAAUGUGUUGUUGCUGUGUCCUGGAGGAGACAUGAGUUCCAAGAUGACCCAAUCUGCCUUUGAAUCUGGAGGAAAUAGGCAGAAACAAAAUGACUGUAGAACUUAUUCUCUGUAGGCCAAAUUUCAUUUCAGCCACUUCUGCAGGAUCCCUACUGCCAACCUGGAAUGGAGACUUUUAUCUACUUCUCUCUCUCUGAAGAUGUCAAAUCGUGGUUUAGAUCAAAUAUAUUUCAAGCUAUAAAAGCAGGAGGUUAUCUGUGCAGGGGGCUGGCAUCAUGUAUUUAGGGGCAAGUAAUAAUGGAAUGCUACUAAGAUACUCCAUAUUCUUCCCCGAAUCACCCAGACAGUUUCUGACAGGCGCAACUCCUCCAUUUUCCUCCCGCAGGUGAGAACCCUGUGGAGAUGAGUCAGUGCCAUGACUGAGAAGGAACUGACCCCUAGUUGAGAGCACCUUGCAGUUCCCCGAGAACUUUCUGAUUCACAGUCUCAUUUUGACAGCAUGAAAUGUCCUCUUGAAGCAUAGCUUUUUAAAUAUCUUUUUCCUUCUACUCCUCCCUCUGACUCUAAGAAUUCUCUCUUCUGGAAUCGCUUGAACCCAGGAGGCGGAGGUUGCAGUAAGCCAAGGUCAUGCCACUGCAGUCUAGCCUGGGUGACAGAGCGAGACUCCAUCUCAAAAAAAAAAAAAAAAAAAAUUCUUCUGUACCAUCACAACUUUUCACAAUGAUGGCAAGCCUUAUGUCUUGGGAGCCUGUUUUGCUAGGCAAAGUUACAAGUGACCUAAUGGGAGCUCAGAUGUGUGUGUGUCUGUGUGUUUGUGUGUGUGUGUGCACUCAAGACUUCUAACAGCCUCGAAGCCUGGGGUGGCAUCCCGGCCUUGCCAUUAGCAUGCCUCGUGCAUCAUCAGAUGACAAGGACAACCCUCAUGACGAAGCAACAUGAAUUAGGGGGCCUCUUGGCCUUGGUCCAAAAUUGUCAAUCAGAAAUGAACAUAAAGGGCUCCAGAGCAGUGGGACUGUCUGUCAAAAGACUCUGUAUAUCUUUUGUGGAUGAGUUUUGUGAGAGAACAGAGAGACCAUUGUACCUGGCACAAGGGCUGUUCAUGAAAAGGGAGACUUACUGGGAGGUGCAAGACAGUGGCAUUUCUCCUCUCCUCUUGCUGCUCAGCACAGCCCUGGAUUGCAGCCCCGAGGCUGAGACCAGACAAAGCCCGGGAGGCAGAAAGAUGCUCCAAGAACCAACACUAUCAAUGUCUUUGCAAAUCCUCACAGGAUUCCUGUGGGUCCAGCUUUGGAACUGGGAAACCUUUCUUCAGAUCCGCACUCAUUCCACUGAUGCCAGCUGCCCCUGAAGGAUGCCAGUACUGUGGUGUGUGAGGCUCAGCAGCCGCCCACACGCUCCUAACUCUGCUGCAUGGCAGAUGCCUAGGUGGAAAUAGCAAAAACAAGGCCCAGGCUGGGGCCAGGGCCAGAGGGGAAGGCCCUGGAUUCUCACUCAUGUGAGAUCUUGAAUCUCUUUCUUUGUUCUGUUUCUUUAGUAUCAUCUGGUAAAAUAGUUAAAACAAAAAACAACAAAAAACUCUGUAUCUGUUUCUAGCAUGUGCUGCAUUGACUCUAUUAAUCACAUUUCAAGUUCACCCUACAUUCCUCUCCUCUUCACUAGCCUCUCUGAAGGUGUCCUGGCCAGCCCUGGAGAAGCACUGGUGUCUGCAGCACCCCUCAGUUCCUGUGCCUCAGCCCACAGGCCACUGUGAUAAUGGUCUGUUUAGCACUUCUGUAUUUAUUGUAAGAAUGAUUAUAAUGAAGAUACACACUAUAACUACAAGAAAUUAUAAAUGUUUUUCACAUCA